AUGGACGGCCUCCUGCUCGACACGGAGGACCUCUACACGCUGUGCGUCAACAUCAUCCUCGAGCAGCACGGCCGCCCCUCCCUGCCCUGGUCCCUCAAGGCCCGCCUCCAGGGCCGGCCCUUCAAGCAGUCCGCCGAGCUCUUCCAGGCCUGGGCCCAGCUGCCCCUGACACCGGAGCAGUACGCGGAAGAGGUCGCCGCCCUGCAGCGGCAGCACUUCCCCAGCGCCAAGCCGCUCGCCGGCGUCGAGCGGCUGCUGGCCGACCUGGGCCGCACGCGCUACUGGGACCUGCGGGAGGGCGAGGGCGAGGGCGAGGGCGAGGGCGAGAGCGGAGAGGGGGACAAGGCGCAGCAGAGGAGGAGGAGUAGGAGGGUGCACAUCGCCCUGGCCACGAGCUCGCACGAGACGACCUUCCGCCUCAAGACGGCCCACCUGGCCGACCUCUUCUCCGUGUUCCCGAGCCCGCGGCGCGUGCUAGGCGACGACGCGCGCAUCCCGCCCGGCAGGGGCAAGCCCCUGCCCGACAUCUGGCACCUCGCCCUCUCGACCAUCAACGCGUCCCUGGCGCCCGGCGAGGACCCCAUCCGGCCGGACGAGUGCCUCGUCUUCGAGGACAGCGUCCCCGGCGUCGAGUCCGGGCGGCGCGCGGGCAUGCGCGUCGUCUGGGUGCCGCACCCGAUGUUGGGGAAGGAGUACAGCGGCCGCGAGGGCGAGGUGCUGGCGGGCCGGACGGGCGAGGCGGGCCAGGUCGACCUGCACCAGCUGGGCGAGGUCGGCGACGGGUGGGCCGAGCAGCGGGCCAGCCUGGAGGACUUCCCCUACGAGAAGUACGGCAUCGCGGUGCCCCCGCCGUCGGUGGAGGACGAGCCUUGUAUGAAGGAGGCUGCUACUGACACCGAGGUUGAGAUUGCGGAUGGUGUCCAGGCAUGA